ACCCCAUUGCUCUUUUCUGGGUUGCUUUCUGUUUUGCUUUUUCAGUGCAUUGGAGGGGAAGAUUAGAGGAAAAAAUCAACUGGGUUACUGUUUUUUCAGAGCUUGUGUUAAUGUCCAGGAGAAAAGUACAAAUGUCCAAGUGGAAAGAAGGGGGCCAGAGGAGGAGCCCCCGAUUAUCUGCAUCGGAUGAUGCGUGGAAGGCGGCCCAGCAACCGAGGCGCGUGUCCCGCACUCUUCGUUCUGUGAGGGGAACGGUGGUACGCCCAUCUCAGCCUCAGGGACCAGCCUCCCGGACUAGGGCCAGGAAAAAGAGAAAACUCAGACCACUUGAAGAUGUGGCUGCUACUCCUCUCUCACCCAUUGCUCAACAGGAUCCCAAGCUAAAUGAUGUGCAGGAUGACGACCAGCAAAGUGAAGAAGACCAUCCAAUAAGGAAUGGACCAACUGUUCAGGGUGACACUAGCCUGACAUUUGAAGAUCAAGCUGCCUCACCUGAUGGGCAAUCAACAGCAUUUACCCAAUGGAUGCCAGAGAAACGAGUACUUGAGGUUGUGAUUGACACCUUACAAAGGAGAGACACCUACGAAAUAUUUGCUGAACCUGUUGACCCCGAAGAGGUUGAGGAUUACUAUGAAAUCAUUAAGGAGCCAAUGGAUUUUGGCACCAUGAGGGCUAAACUUCAUGAAGGGAUGUAUAAAAGCCUAAAACAGUUUGAGCAUGACGCAUUUCUAAUAUCUAGAAAUGCAAUGCAUUUUAAUUCAGCAGCCACCAUAUAUUUCAGACAGGCUCGGGCCAUUCAUGAACUGACAAAAAGGGUUUUUCAUACUCUUAAAGCGGAUCCAGAGAAGUUUGAAAUGGAAUUUUCAGAGACAAGAAGAAGAACCAGUAGAAGGCUCAUUAAUGAAGGUAGGAGUCCAUUACAUAGCUCAAGUUCUAAGCUUGCCACAAAUGUGAGAACCCGAAGGAUAACCGGUGCUUCAUCAAAAAGGGCACCACAUUUGUUGGCUACAUCAAAUCAUAGGAAAAGUGCGGGAGGAAGUCCUGGAUGCACUGGCAAUGCAACUGUUAAUGCAAGAGAUAACACCAUGCCCUCUGGUUCUGCAGGCAGUGGACAAAAUAGUUUACCUGAAGCAGAUCGGCGUUUUACAUAUAGACCUUGGACAACCUUCCUCAAUGAGAAUGAUUCAAUUGUUUCAAUGGUGUAUAACAAUUCAAAACUACUAACUAAUGUGAAUCAGCAGGAUAUUGGUUACAGCGAUAGUUUGAUGUUGUUUGUCAAGGAUUUAGGACCUACAGUCCAAAUGGUAGCCAGAAGGAAGCUGGCUGCGUGCUCAGUUGGUGGUUCUAAUUAUUGGAGUCCAGAUUCAAGACGUUGGUUUCAGGAUCCUGGUCCAUCUAGCUCCACCCCAAAGGGACCCACUAUCCUGGAUGAUGAAGUUACGACAUCUCAUAGUUUACCACACUAUCUCCGUGGAUGUCCAACUGUCUUUGGAAACCCCAAUUACACAACAGAUUUAUCUUAUGCUGGUGAAUGUGGGAAACCUAAUACUAUUGAAAGAACAGGUAUUUGUAGUUCUUCAAUUGAAGUGGCAUCAAGCAUCGGUGAAAAGAAAAUCCCCGGUGCCUUGAGAGGUGAUGUUUUGUCCAAAGAUGCAGUGACUGUCUUGGGUGCUUCUGGGAGGGACAUACAUCAGGGUCGUACCACUGGGACUCAGUUGGGUUCAUUUUCUUUCAACCGUGGUGCUAGAGACAUGAAUUUCUCAGUCUCCGGGAUUAGAAAUGCAGGCAUCGAUUCUUCCUGGUCAAUAAUGGACAAAAGCAAGGGUGAUAAUCAGGCACAGCUAUUGAACUCAGCAUUAAAGCAACCUAAGGCCAACAUAACAGAUUUCAAGUUGCGAAGUGAUUACAAAUCCUUAUGUUCAUGGCCACCACGACCUGUUAGUAGUCAGAUUACGGACUCCAUGCAGGGUUUACUUUCUCGGACCGUUGAUGAUCAAGACCUGGCUAGAUGUACACGAGAUGAAAGUUACAAAAUCAAUGGUUCAGUUGAUGCAGGCCAAGCAUCAAAGCAAUGCCAACCCCUGCCAUUAAGUUCUCAGUUCAUUUUCGAUUUGCCAUUUCUACAAACAAGGCUCAAUCAGAUAAAUUCACCGAGAAAGGAUAAGUUCUUCCAGCCGGGGUUAACUGCUGAUGACACUUCCUUGGAAAAAGCAUGUUCCCAGAGAACUUUCACCUCCACCUAUGGAACAGAGCCGAGCACUAGAGUUUGCAAUGAUAGUUAUCAGCAAUUGUCGUUGGAUCCCCAGCAUAAUGAUCUGGCUCUUCAGCUGUAACUUCUAAAAGGAAAAAGCAAGACCGAAAAGGCUAACCAAGGGAGGGCUUUAUAUAUCCUCUGCCAGACAUGGCUCUCUUUACUUUCUCUCGAACUGCUAAGAAAGGGUUUGGGUCAAUUAAGAAAAUAUGAAUUAUAGAAAGUUUUCAAGGUCACUGGCGAUACAUGUUUUCCCUUCAUCCCAAAGAAGUAAUUGUUUAGCUGUUCUGGCAGAUGUUUGAACUUCUAAUCUUAAUAUUGAAUAAAGAUUUUAUAAUUAG